CCUACUUAAGGUCAUUUCAUGAACACCACCAAACACCGGGCUUUUCUUGAGAGGUCGUGUCUUUCCGUCCUCAUUCGCGUUCGUCUUUCCUCAUUCUCCAACUUCUCCAGCUCCUCCGGAUGCCGAUACACAAUGACCCCGUGUGAUCCGCCCCACACUCAACCCAACGCUCCCUUCACACGAUAACCCAUCAACUCGGUCGGUUCAUGUCGCUACCUAACCAUGGAUGGACACGACGACCGGCAGCGUUACAGGAAAACCGGCUCGCACCGGCGGAGGCCGAGCUCCGUCGUUCUCGAAGACCAUGAAGACCUCAACAUUACGGUGCCGAUUGGCUCGCGGGCGGGAUUCUCACGGCGCGGGAGCAAUCUGAGCGAGGCGAGUUUCAUGAGCGAUGUGGAGAUGGCAACGGACGAGAUGUUCUCGGGCCCACUAGCGGAGUCGGUACCGACGAGCGUGUCGUCGUUCGUAAGGAGGGGGAGGCCGCGGUCGGAAAGCCGGACGAGCUUCACAUUCUUCCCGGAGGAUGAGGUGGAGGAAGACGAGGAAGUCGAUGAGGAGGGACAGGAUGACCAAACGUCGUUGAUGGACGAGCUGGGGAGGUUGCGAAGUGAAAUGGAGAGUGCGGAGGCGGUUGCCGAUGGAUAUGCUGAAGCGGAUAUGGAUUUGGAGCAUGGAGGCAGGCCACCGUCACGUUUACGGCGAAAGAGCUCGGAGUAUUCGCGAGGGAGUGCUGGAGCACCGUUGCUAGGCACUAGAAGGCGGUCGUCAAUAUCGAGUAUGGGCUCGGCAUAUGGCGGACGCCCCACACGAACCACCCAGAAGACCUACCUUCGAACCGAAGAUCUUACCAUUGUUAUUGCUGGGUUCACCACAUCGCAGGUUGGUUUUGCUAUAUACAUGGCUAUCUGCGUCUUGACCGCCGGCGUGGCCUACCUUGCUUUCCGAUGGAUGCCCGGCUGGAGGAUAUGGAUGAUCGGCAAAGCAGCUCCAUUAGGAGAGGCAGAAUGGGUGGUCAUUGAGAACCAGUGGGGGGAAGUCGCGAUCAACGAGCUACGAAAGUCCGAGUACGACUUGAGUCUUUCCUCCAUCUUCGGUCCGUCGGGAGAGAAGCUCGGGAGGGGACCUGGGCCAGGCGAAUACGACGAAAUAGACGAGACAGUGGUCAAGCAAUUGGUCACGUUGGACUACCGAUACAUUCGAUUCUGCUAUCACCCAUUAAUAGACAAAUUCGUACAGGGGAAUACAUGGAGAGACCCGGCUUGGAACGACGUUCAGGCCGUCCGACAAGGUCUCGAUCACGAACAAAAAGGAAGCCGAGAUUUAGUCUUCGGCGAGAACUUGAUUGAUGUCGAAGAGAAGAGCGUGGGUCAGCUACUCGUGGACGGAGUGCUCCAUCCAUUUUAUAUAUUUCAGGUCGCCAGUCUGAGUCUCUGGUCAUACGAUGAGUAUUACCAGUAUGCUAUCUGCAUUUUCCUCAUUUCCGUCGGCGGAAUUGUCAGCGAACUGGUGGAGACAAAGGCGACGAUGCGCAGGUUGCGAGAGGUCUCCCGGUUCGAAUGCGACGUUCGAGUGCUCCGAAACGGGUUUUGGCGAUAUGAAGGUAGCCGAGACCUUGUACCAGGGGAUGUCUACGAGGUUAGCGAUCCGAACCUACCACAGUUGCCGUGCGACAGCCUUCUACUGAGCGGCGAUUGCAUCGUCAACGAAAGUAUGCUGACGGGGGAAUCCGUGCCGGUCACGAAAGUCCCCGCUAUCGACCAAACUUUGGAAGUACUCAACCUGAGCGCAUCAACCUUGCCGGCAGAGGUUGCAAGGCACGUGUUGUUUGCCGGAACCAAAAUCAUUCGAGCUAGAAGACCGCAGCACGAUAAUGCGGUCGAUGCGUCCGAGUCCGAGGCCGCUGCGCUUGCAUUGGUCGUUCGAACAGGAUUCAAUACGACUAAAGGAGCCCUGGUCCGAUCCAUGCUUUUCCCCAAGCCGUCUGGCUUCAAAUUUUACCGAGAUUCCUUCCGGUACAUAUCCGUCAUGGCAGGCAUCGCAGGCGUGGGAUUCGUGGCUUCGUUCGCCAACUUCAUCCAGUUGGGCAUGAAGUGGGAUUUCAUCUUCGUUCGGGCUCUCGAUCUCAUCACUAUUGUCGUCCCCCCGGCGCUUCCAGCGACGCUAACCAUCGGCACUCAAUUCGCUCUUGGGAGACUGAAGAAAAAGCAAAUCUUUUGCAUCUCCCCGCAACGGAUCAACGUUGGAGGACGACUCGACAUCAUGUGCUUCGACAAAACAGGCACUCUGACGGAAGAGGGGCUCGAUGUCAUGGGCGUUCGGGCCGUUGUUCCUCAUGCCCAAACGUUCAGUGACCUUCUUACCAGCGCCAAGGAGAUUCUUCCCAGGAGACGACAAACCGAUCCAAAUGUCGAUUAUGACGUCAACCGAGCGAUAUUGUAUACCAUGGCGACUUGCCAUAGUCUGCGAGUGGUUGACGAUGAACUGGUGGGUGACCCACUCGAUGUGAAAAUGUUCGAUUUCACGGGAUGGGAGUUCGAGGAAGGCGACCAACAGCGUGGUGAUGGGCAGCCAAACUUGCGGGAUGAGGACGAGCAAGCGGCUAGCAUGAGCAUCUCUCCCAACGUUGCUCGACCUCCGAAAUCGUCAAGCGUGUCAGAUCUGGACAACCGGACCACGGACGAUCCCGAGAUUGGUGUCCUCAAAACCUUUGAAUUUGUCAGCCACCUCCGACGCGCCAGCGUUGUUGUUCGACAGUUCGGUAAGGCAGAGGCCGCAGUAUAUGUGAAAGGUGCGCCGGAAUGUAUGAGCGAUAUCUGUAAAAAGGAGUCGUUUCCACCAAACUACGAGGAGCUGCUGGCCCACUACACUUACAGCGGGUUUCGUGUGAUCGCUCUCGCUACGAAAAGGCUACGGAAGCUUCGAUGGAUCAAAGUUCAGAAGAUGAGUCGCGCGGAGGCCGAAUCCGACCUUGACUUCCUCGGUUUCAUCAUCUUUGAGAACAAAUUGAAGCCACAGACCACCCCAGUUCUCCGAGAGCUUGGACUAGCCAACAUCCGGACGACCAUGUGCACAGGAGAUAACAUCCUCACUGCCAUCAGCGUUGCGCAGGAGUGUGGACUGGUAGAUCGUACUUCGCCAGUGUUUGUCCCUCACUUCGUUGAAGGCGGUCCUACCGAACCUCUCAGCAAGCUCGAAUGGCGCAGCAUCGAUGGUAGUGGUUGGUCUCUCGACGAGCAUACAUUGCAGCCGGUUCCACCAGAUGCGGAGUCCCGCGAUCUAGCAAAUCCGUACAGUGGCGCCCCGCGACAUUACUCCAUCGCAGUGACCGGCGAUGUUUUCACAUGGAUUGUCUCCUUUGCAAAUGACCGACUUCUCAAGGCAAUGUUGGUGUUGGGGCAGGUUUUUGCACGUAUGAGUCCGGAUCAGAAGCACGAAUUGGUGGAGAAACUUCAGACCUUGGACUAUACCGUAGGAUUCUGCGGGGAUGGUGCUAAUGACUGUGGUGCAUUGAAGGCUGCGGAUGUGGGCGUCAGUCUUUCUGAAGCAGAGGCCAGCGUCGCAGCACCUUUCACAAGUCGUGUCUUCGAUAUUCGAUGCGUCCCGGAAGUGAUUCGGGAAGGACGAGCAGCGUUGGUGACUAGUUUCAGCUGCUUCAAGUAUAUGAGCCUAUACUCUGCCAUCCAGUUUACGACUGUCAGCUUCCUCUAUGCAUCUGCCUCUAACUUAAGCGAUGGCCAAUUUCUCUUCAUCGACCUACUUCUUAUUAUUCCAAUCGCCAUCCUCAUGGGCUGGUCUGGCCCAUAUCAACACCUUUCACGAAAACGUCCCACCGCUUCCCUCGUCUCUCGCAAAGUCCUGGUCCCGCUCAUCGGCCAGAUUCUUAUUGUUAUCGCCAUCCAAGCCAUCGCAUACGGGGCAGUCCGCGAACAACCGUGGUAUAAACCGCCCAACAGGCACAUCAAGCCAAACAGCUCCAACAAAAACUUGAAGAAUUCCGAAAACUCUGCGCUGUUUGCCGUAAGUUGUUUCCAGUACAUCCUUGCGGCCAUCGUGCUGAGUGUCGGUCCGCCAUUCCGAGAGCGCAUGUGGCGCAAUGUCCCAUUUGUCGCAUACAUUGCUCUCGUGCUGCUUGUUUCGGCGUAUAUCCUGUUCAUUCCGGCGCACUGGGUCGUCAAGUAUAUGAAGUUCACUUACAUGAGCUGGGGGUUCAAGUUAUUCUUGCUAGUUCUGGGGAUUGGAGGUUUUAUGGUUGCGUAUGGGUCGGAGAAUUGGGCGUUCCCCCUUCUGGCGAGGUGGAUAGGGAAGAUGAAGGGAGAGUUGAUGCCCACGAAGCAAAAGAAGCGGAAAGAUUACAAGGUCAUCCAGUCCAGUAUUGGCCUUGUUUGAUAUUAUAACUCCUGGAACCAGACUAUACCCAAUGUUUUGUCCCCGCUAUGGGCAUGAUUAUGCCUUUCUCAACAGGACAUCCAGAAGUUCACUCUAUCAGCUCACUCUCACUUCAUUAUCGUUAAGUCUUUCCCCACCGCUCGUGACAUGGCCAGUGGAUGAACCGGACAUUCUAUAUUGAAUCUUGUUCUUACGCGUCCGUCCUCAAGACCGGCGCAACGGCACAAUAAUA